UUGUGGCAGUUGCAGUUCAACGCGCACCGUGAAACGUCCAAGUUCAAGGUGAAUUCCAUUGAUCUGAAGAGACGGGACGGCAUUAUCGGUAGUUCUGAUGCGACAAGUGCGAUGAAACUUGAAAUGAAAACAAAAAAAGAGAAAAAAGCAAUAGCAUUCGAUCGAUUUACUAUCGAUAUGAUAAAUCAGCACUUUCGGUCGUCUAUACGGAAGCAUAGUGUGGAAAUCGUUGAUCGCAACUAGUUUUCGGCGAGUAUUUAUCGGUUGUGAUGAGUAAUUUUUUAUGAUUACCAGGUACGGUCUCAAGUGUGAUAAUUGAGCAAACGGUUAUGGAAAGGAGAGUUUACUUAUUUUUGGGUGCUUAGAACGUCGUGGUCCGUUGGCGUGUCAAGUUCUUUGAAUGUUGCGAUGGUUUUCUCGGAGUGUCGCAAUCGAUUGAAUAAAUCUGGAAAGUAGUGACCCAUUUCCGACCCAUGAAAAUCGCGCGCGCGAGAAAUUUGUUUGAAUACAUAUUCGACAGCUGUUCGAACGAAGUGAUAAUACAUUCAGCACAAUACCGGCUCGUGAAGGUGUGUCAUUUGAAUGAAAGAUGAAAGUGAUAGUCUGUUCUGUUCAUACUAUUUUUAACUGUUUAUGUGUCUUGUAUGUGAACAAGGUUCGUUUGUAGUCAAAUGAUUGCUUGGUUAUUAAUCAUUAGAACGUUAUAAACAAUGUUAUCUAGAUUGUGAUAUGAAGGGACACGAGAAAGGACUUUACACACACACACACACACAAAAAUAAACCAAUUUAAUUGCAGUGGCACAAAAGAAUCAGCCAAUCUCGAAUAACUGGAUACAAAUAUAAGAAAAUUCCAACAUCCAUCCCACUUGUCCAAGAUAAACAUACCAACGAUACCAAGUGGAAACAACACUUCUCGAAAGUACAAAUAAAAACUGGGGAAAAACCAUGUCCCGAACUCUUGGUAGUGAAUCCAGAGCAAAUCUCCGACACCGGAAUUGCACAUUUUUCAUCUGCGCCAGAAUCACACAUGUUUCCCGUCGUCCGACGCUGUCCACGGUGGCGAUGGCCCUGCUGGUUUGGGCCAUGGCGCUGCUGAUGUCCGAGGCGGGGAAUGCAAAUGCAACGCCCGCCGACGGUGGCUUGACACGGGUUAGCAUAGCGAAAUACAUCGACGGCGAUAAGAUACACUUGGAAUUCAAGCACGCGAAAACGACCGGACAGCGUGAUAGGAACCGUCUGGAGAAGCAUAUUCCGACUAAAGUUCUACGCCAGGAUGGCUUCUACGAGUAUUUUCCGUCUGCCUCCCAAGCGCUGGAACAGGAUGAAUUGCUGGCUAAUCGAGUAGGAAUUGUGGUGGGAGCGCUCGGAAAUACAUUCACGCAGCUGUUCUUCGGUACAAACGAUCUGCGCUCCGAAGUUACAUUCUGGUGUGCCAAUCCAUAUCACACAGAAUACCAGAAAGUGGUCCUCAACGAUGCGGACGUUCACCAGAAGCUGGAGGUUUCGAAGCCAAUUAUGUUCCUCACCCAUGGCUGGACGGAUGGCGUCAACAGAACGUGGGUUAAGGACAUUGUGGGGGAUUAUGUUAAGUACAUCGGGGGCAAUAUCUGCGCUGUCGACUGGAGCCGUCUUGCGCUGGUCGAGUACAAUUUGGCGGCGAGAAAUACUCCCAAGGUUGGCCGGUAUCUGGCCAAAUUUGUCAAAUUUCUUCUCCGGCAGGGCUUCACGAUCGAUCAGGUAACGCUGGUAGGUCACAGUAUGGGAGCGCAUAUUUCCGGCAUCGCCGGAGCUGCCCUCAAUGGCACCGUUCCCAUGAUUGUGGGUUUGGAUCCUGCGGGACCGUCGUUUACUAAACCGUUUCUGGUGGCCGCUGAGAAACGACUGGACAAGGGUGAUGCUAUGUUCGUACAGGCGAUCCAUACCGACAAGAACAUCAUCGGCACUUCGACGAACGUGGGCCAUCAGGAUUUUUAUACGAACACCGGCGGGAGUCCGCAGCCGGGCUGUGAAUUUCCGCUGGUCAACAACGAUACGACGAAAUCCUACCUCCAGUUCAUCUGCAGCCACUUCAAGGCGGUCGAGUACUUCCGGGCCUCGCUUAACCCCCAGAACAUCUUCGAGGGUACGAAUUGCGGAUCCUAUUAUUACUAUCGGCGAGGUGAAUGCUCCAACAAUACGCGAUCUGACUUUGGACUUUACAACACCAAAACGGCUCUUGGAGCGCUCUUCGUCUCGAUAGACAAAACUGUGUAUCCGUACGCUAAGUCGAUAUCUCGAAAUACAUGAAGGUUCUUGUGUAUGCUGGA